AUGUCUCUCUUAUAUCUCAUCUCCUUUGUCUUUUGCGCACUCUACACCAUCCAAGUCCGCGCGGCGCCGACCGACCAGAACGUCCUCCUCGCAAAGAAAUAUGCACCGCAAUUUCGAUUCCACAAGGAUGAAGUCUAUUUCCCAUCGACAGUCGAGUACUUUGUCAAUGGACCCGUCACGGUCAAGGACAGCUCUGGAAAAGUUGUCGCUACCAAAAUGGAUACGGCCAGCGAUAACGGCGUGGGCACCUACAUGUCUACAGAUGUGAACGCCAAUCUUAAUGAAUUCUUGCGUGGGCAGAAUCCUAGCUCUACUCAGACGUCGACAUAUGUCUUCAUUGCCCCAAAGGACAACGGCGUUGUCGACCUUUAUUACUGGAUCUAUUGCCCAUACAAUCUCGGAAAGAAGAUUCCUGUGCUAGGGUGGAUGGGAAAUCAUGUGGGCGACUGGGAACGAAUCACCAUUCGCACGGUCAACGGUGUAGCAACAUCGAUAGAUUAUCACGCACAUGACGACAAAGGCUCCGGCACGAUUCCUUAUGCACAAGCACCCAAAUUCUCUCCAUCUUCUCCAUCUAGUAAUCCCGAUCCAAAUAACUCUGACUCGAAUGCUCGACCGGUAGCUUAUGUCGCGCAAGGGUCGCACGGGAUGUGGUCCAGCGCGGGCACCUUUACUUAUAUUGAUGCCGUCGUCUUGAAGCUACAAGACUCUACGUCCGAUAACGGAGUUUACUGGGAUACGCAAAAUAACCUCGUCACGAUCAACUAUCCGGACACGUACAGCGACAGCUUGGCCUGGCUGAAUUACAAGGGCAGUUGGGGCAACAAAGGCUCGACAAACUGCUGGUGGUACUUUAUUUACAAGCAGUGCGAGCUCGUUUCUGGUCCCAAUGGACCACUCAGAGAUGAUGUCGUGGGUUCGAGAGCCAAGACGGUGCAAGGUUCGAGAGCUGCGAGCUCACUGUUCGACAAGGCGAACAUGAAGGGGACGCUCUCGCAAACCCUUGCGACAGUUUCUUCCGGCGACUCGCGGUACACUCUACACAUCGCGGCACCAGUUGUGGCCUCUGUUGGCGCUAGCACUCCCUUUAUCACGAUCGAGCAGCUCUGUGCUGCUCGUAACUCGACCUCUACAGACGAGGACCCAGAGUAUACGUAUACGUCGACCUAUAUCUCUGCUCAGCUAAUCAAAGGCACCACUCAGUACACUAUCAGCGUUCCAGCUUGCGACGGCCCCUCUUAUGUUGCGGCGUACAACGUUGGGUCGUGCUCGACCGAUCUGAGCGAGUCCACCAACGAGGAAGAUCUAGCAAAGUGCACUUUUGGGACCGCGAGAAAGAUCCGCACCUUUUCGGACAAAGGCAUCGAGGAAGUGGCGGCGGUCUUGGUUGAUGAUUUGGACAACUGGAGUUUGUAG